CAGCUGAUCACACACGCUAAAUCAGCUCGAGCAGGAGCCUCCAGACAGCGAACCUGACACGGUGUCUUAUUGACCGUAGCGCUCGCCGGCUCACCCGUUCUGUAAUGGCACAGUGAGCAGGAGAUUCUGCUGAAUUGUCCCCUGUUCCUUUGAGGUAGCCCGCUGUACUCGUUUCCUCCCGUGUUCGGUAGCCGGUGAGCUAACUGAGCUAACGGCAGGUCUGGGUGGGCUGCAGCCGCAGCCGCAGUAGGGCUCGGAUUCACUGCUGAACUACCGAUCAUCAGCAUGGAUCCCUUGGGAGCCCGCUCGCAGUUUGUAGAAGUCCAGAACCUUCACACCUGGGAUCAGCCUGAACUCAUGGAGGAGGGAGAAGAGAAAGGAGAAGGUCCUAAGAGCGAUGAGGUGGACAACCUGUCUUACCAGAUCAACUCUCUUCUCUCUCCUUUCCCAUUCAGAGAGGAUAUCAACAGGAAGAUUAUUCUCUUCAAAGGAGACGUGGCACUUUUGAACUGCACUGCUAUAGUGAACACAAGCAACGAGACGCUAACUGAUAAGAAUCCAAUCUCAGACAGCAUUCACAGGCAUGCCGGCCCUGAGCUCAGAGAUGAACUACUCAAACUGAAAGGCUGCCGGACAGGGGAAGCGAAAAUGACCGAAGGUUUCAAUUUGGCUGCACGCUUUAUCAUUCAUACAGUUGGACCCAAAUACAAAGCCAAGUAUCGCACAGCUGCUGAGAGCUCUUUGUACAGCUGCUAUAGAAACGUCAUGCAGCUUGCCAAGGAGCACACCAUGGUCUCUGUGGGUUUUUGUGUGAUCAGUACUACAAAGAGAGGAUAUCCCCUCGAAGACGCUACUCACAUAGCAUUCAGGACUGUUCGCAGGUUUCUUGAGAACCAUGGUGAAAGCAUAGAGGCUGUGGUGUUUGCAGUGUCAGAUGCUGAGGAGGUAGUGUACAAGAAGUUACUGCCACUAUAUUACCCACGCUCCAAGGACGAGGAGAGAGCCAGCUUGCCUCUCCUCCCUGCAGAUAUUGGGAACUCUGAAGGUGAGCCGGUGGUGCCGGAGAGGCAGAUCCGCAUCACUGAGAAGCCUGGCAGUGUGGAGGAUGAUUCGGAGGAUGAGUCUCUGGAGUUGGGUCUGGGGCUGGUGGGCAAUCAUGCAUUUGCGCGCAUGGAGGGUGAUGUGGAUAAGCAGCGGAAGCAGAUUCUACAGGGCCAUCUCUCUGAGGCAGCCCAGCAGAAACAACACCAGAGAAACUAUAAUCGCUGGCUGUGCAGAGCUCGAGCAGAGGACCUCUCGGACAUAGCAGCUUUGAAAGCUUUAUAUCAGACAGGUGUUGAUAUGUGCGGCAGAACAGUAAUGGUGGUUGUAGGCAGGAACAUUCCAGUAACUCUUAUUGACAUGGAGAAGGCCUUGUUAUAUUUUAUCCAUGUGAUGGAUCACAUCACAGUGAAGGAAUACGUGAUGGUGUAUUUCCACACUCUCACUGGUGAACACAACCAUCUUGACACAGAUUUCCUCAAGAAGCUCUAUGACAUUGUGGAUAUAAAGUUUAAGAAGAACCUGAGGGCAUUUUAUUUUGUCCAUCCCACAUUUCGCUCUAAGGUGUCCGCAUGGUUCUUCACCACGUUCAGUGUAUCUGGAAUAAAGGAAAAGGUUCAUCACAUAGAAAACCUCCAGCAGCUCUUCGCCUGCAUCCUGCCUGAACAGAUUGACAUCCCUCCAUUUGUGUUGGAGUAUGAUGCGAGGAUGAACGGCCCAUACUACACUUCCCAUUCUUCAGGCCUAUGAAGUUAACUCUGAUGCAGGUGGUCCUGACUGGGUCGACUUGCACCCGAUGCUUGGGAAAGCUCACCGCUGGACCUGAUUUGGAGCCAAAUGGAUUCAGUAUGUGCAUGUGAGCAGCUCCAGUAAUGAGAGUGAAACUGCUGCAUGUGCUGGUUCUGAGACAGACACCAAAAACGAUCCUCCUCCUCCAGUCACGAGCCGUGCAGUCAGCCUCCCGAUGGUUUACUUGUGCUGCUGACGCUUAAAUUGGUAACAUUUCACUGAAGGAUACAUCACUGGCUAGACUUAUACACCAAGGUUUGUGUGUGAUUAACAAAAUGAGUGUUUUUAAAAAAAAAAAAAAAAGUGUACAUUUUGUGAUUAUGCUGGACACCAAUCAUUUUGCUCAUCUUAAUUGUCUCUGUCCAUCCACUAGUGUCCCAGUCUUGCACUACAGCUCUGUCUGUUCUGUGAAGUCUAUACUGUCUUUUCUUUUUAUUUUAUUUCACACUUCCACCGGCCUCUGCUCGAUCACUUUAAGAUGCCUACAUAAGCCGGUUUAUUGUGAUGAAGACAGUCUCAUAAACAUGGCCUGCCUUUCCAAUUUGUAAGUGUGUGUACAAAAUGCUGUGAUUGGCCUUAAUUUUCCUUAUAGUCACAAAAAAAUUUUUAGAAAAAAUUACUUGAUGAAGAAUCGUUGUCAUUAAAUUUAAUAUAUAUGUAAGUUAAUAUUUUUAUACUCUACACAGUGAAUACUGAAUGGUCUGUGUCACAAAGUAGUGUAGUCAGAAUGGGAAUAUAAUCUUCAUAUCUCUUCCCUCUUCACACUUUUUAAUCAGCUUUUUAAUUAAUUGCACAGUGAGAUUUCAUUGCUGGCCUUUUUUCUGUAUUUUUCUGUGAAGCAUCUUUGGUCAUCUUUUUGUACAUAUUCUUUGCAGAUCUUGUAGGCUUUUUGUAGCCUAUAAUGACACACGUCAUGUUUGAUUUUGAUUUAUUUCAAAUACCUUCCACUGUCUUAAAGGUAAGAUUUGUGUCUUUAUUUUGAUUCUGCUGGACUUUAACUCCUAUUACUGUAGGUAUGAAGGUAAUGGUAAUCUGAUACCAGAUUUACACACAUGGCCAAAGGUACUUCAUGUAUUGAGAGUUUAUGCAUAUGUUAAGAGUGAUUUAUUGUACAGAGUUUACUAAACAUGCAGUGUAGUUCCAAGAUGCGCUGUUAUUAUAGUACGGCAUUAAAUAAAGGUGCCAUCACUUUGAGCCGCAUUCCAUGCCAUUUUAAAGGAGAGAACUGCACCUGUACGUUGUGGGCAAGAAUGCUUUGUUUAAAUACUGUGAAUAAAAAUCAUGAUAUUGGAAGUCAUCAUUAAUCUUUACAUGUAACGUCUUUGCUCUUUCUAAGACCGUGGAAAGCCACAGUAGAUGAUUGCAGUAUGCUGUUGAUAGCCGAUGUCUAGUGCCAUGACCUCAGAGAUCUUUAAUUCCGCUAAAAAAAGCCAUUUGAAGAGCUUCAGUGUGCCUCUGCAUUGAUGUUGUUUAAUAAAGCUGAUGAAAAGCGCUGUCAGAUCUGGCCAAAAUCUCCCAGACAUUUCUGAUUUAGUUGAGACCUGGUGACUGUCAAGGCAACAGCAUAUAAUUUACAUCAUUUUCAUGCUCAUUAUACCAGUCAGUGACCCCUCAUGGCCUGUGAAUGAGGGCAUUGGUCUGCUAUAACAAACCACUUCCAUCAGGAUACAAAUGUUUCAUCAUAGGAUAAAAGGAAUCGGAACAACUGUACUGAUUUGUAAUGACCCUUCCCUCUAAGGGAAGUGGACCUGAAUUAUAUAAGGUAAAUGCCCCCCACAGUAUAACAGCCAUCAGGACUGUAUCAGUCAAGCUUUCAAGCCUCUUGGUGUAUGCCACACAUGCGCUCUCCCGCUAGUCAAGAUUAGGGUGAAGAAUGACCCAGCUGACCAUAUCACUUUCUCUGUUGACCUGUUUUACACUACUGAACUCAAACGUAUUUGUCUUUGUAAUGUAAAUGUUUAUCUCCUGCUUUGUUCCGCAUUCUCAGCCACCUGAGGCAUAGUUGUUCUGUUUUUGUUUUUUUUGUUUGUUUGUUUGUUUGUUUUUAAUCAUUGCACUAAUGCAAAAGCAUUAGUUAUCUUUAACAUAGAUGUAUUACUUUUUGGCUUAAAUCAAAAUAAAUAUUGUAUUUUUGAAUUGUGA